ACUCAGAAGAGGAGAGGCAGCCCCUGCAAGAACCCAAGUUGAGGCUAAUCCUGGUGGGUAAAACAGGAACUGGGAAAAGUGCCACAGGAAAUAGCAUUCUUGAGGAGAAUAAGUUUAUGUCCAAAAUUGCAGCAGUGCCACUGACCAGUAUCUGCAGCAAAGGGAGCAGAAUCUGGGGUAGAGAAAAAAUUGAAGUCAUUGACACCCCUGAUAUCUUUAGCUUAGAAGUGUCUACUGAAGGUCUAAGUUCUCAAGAAAUCAUUCGAUGUUAUCUCCUCUCCUCCCCGGGGCCCCACGCACUACUCUUUGUGACCCAAUUGGGUCGAUACACUAAGGAGGACCAGAAUUCCUUGAAGAGAGUGAAGGAGAUCUUUGGGAAUGAUAGCAUGAAGCACACCAUCGUUGUCUUUACCCGAAAGGAAGAUUUUGGCAGUGGCUCCCUGCAGGAUUACAUCCAGUUCACAGAUAACAAGGCCCUGAAAGAGCUGGUUGCACAAUGUGAGGGUCGGGUUUGUGCCUUCAACAACCGGGCCACAGGGCAGGAGCAGAAAGAGCAAGUGAAAGAGCUAAUGGAUAUGGUAAAGAGGCUGAUGCAGAAGAAUAGGGGCAGGUACUACACCAAAGAGGUGUACAGCUUAGGGGGAGACCCCCAGUGGGCCAGCCAGGAGGUGAGGUUCAGAAAAAUUGAGGAGAAACUGGUCAAGUACAUGAAGCAGAAUAAGAGGUCCCAGGCAUUAGGAGAAGGAGUCUUCCUGAGACUCAGAGGUUUAUAUGAAUCAAGAAAAUCCCACCCAAAACUAUGGAGAUUUGGUAUUGCCAUCUUUAGCAUCUUCGUCCUAUGGCUGGUGAUUCCCAAAAUCUUUAUAUAG